ACGACUACGACGAGUACGAUAAGGACGUCAUCGUGUCUCCGCGCUCUCGAGGGAUGGCGGAAAGCGAGGAUGCGGAGCAAGAAAUACGGAGGGCCCUGGAAGUCGUCCAGUCGAUGAUUGAUAUAUCGGCGGACCGACUCGAGGGCCUUAGGACCCAGUGCUCGACAAGCGCCGAGCUCACCCAACAGGAGAUCCGCACUCUCGAGGGCAAGCUAAUAAAACUUUACUCAAAGCAACUUGUCACCAAAGAGAAACUUGCUAUCGAAUCUCUACCAGUAGAAAUGAGACAAUAUCCGUCUUUACAACAAUGGCUGAGAGUUGUAGGUCUUACGCCAGAAUCCAUUCAGUUGGUUUGUUCGAAAGCCAGUUCUUUAGAGUCUUUGAAAGAAAAAUCAGAGCACGAGUUGGGAUCCAUACUGGGUGAAAGCAAUAUGAGACACGAGGAGGAGUUGCGCAGAUUAUGUAGAGCGCUUCACAAUCUUCGUCGAUAUAUGGACGUACUCGUCAGAGGUGAUAUGGAAAAUAACGAUAUGAAUUUAUACUGGGAUUCCUGGGAUAGACAUCAUGUGAGAAGCGGUGCAUCACCUCGACCCAUACGAUCACGUAUUACACGAAGUUCAGUACCUUCCGAAGACAGCAUUCCAUAUCACAAUAAUAAUAAUUUUAAUAGCGAAAUAUUGGCUCAAGCCUCGUCCGUUGUAUCUUUAUCAUCGUCUACUAGUCCACCGUCGACACCUUUAUUAUUGAAAGGUCAAGCGUUAGGACUAAAAUUUUCUACAACUCCACCUCCGUGUAAAAAGAAUCAAAGCGGGUCAGAUAAUCCAUUACAACCUGAAGUAUUUCCAUUGACAAAGUCGAAAUCUCAUGAAUCACAAUUGGCAAAUCGUCUUGAAAAGGGAGAAAUCACUCCUAGUACCACUACCGAGCAGCAAGUAACUUCUGUUAGUAGGAGAAGUCGUUUACCAACCGAACCUGGUUCAUACAGCGGUGCAGAUAAUAUUGGUGAUAAUUUGGUACCGACCAAUAACAGUCCUGUUAAAUCUCCACCUUAUUCAAGUGCGGAAAGCGAUGAUAAUAGUUUUAAAGGAACGGUGACGAGUCUUCAAGUGCCAAAGUCUCCUAGAACGCCCACGGUAACUCGUGGAAUGGGACACGUUAUUAAUCAUCGUUUCACGAAAACCUUCAAAAUGAUGACAACUUGUGAUUAUUGCGAUAAACAAAUGUUUAUUGGCACCGGUCUUAAGUGUAAAGAGUGCAAGUAUAAGUGUCACAGGGACUGCGAAUCCAAAGUACCACCAUCUUGUGGUUUACCUCAGGAACUUUUCGAUGAGUUUAAAAGAACUUUACAAGCUGAUAGUAUGGUAAAUGCGUCUCCAAUCUUAAACAAGCCAGGAAUCAUGUCACCGAAUCACCACAAUUCCAAUUUAUUAGCCUCUCUUAAUCGAAGAGAUAGAAAACGAUCUCACCCCCAUCCAUCCAUGAACAUAGCAUUUCAGAAACGUCGUAACGCCUCAUCCAGUUUUCAAAUUCACUUUUGGCAUACUAAAUAUACGUGCCGUUACCAGGGUGCAGACUCUAGUUCAAAUACCUCGAGUUGCAAUAGCUCGACACCUUCUAGUCCUGCAUUGAUACCUGUGAAUGUUGGCCAAAUUCCUCAGGUACCAGUCAAACAGCAAUUCCACUUUCCUGACAUUGCGCCUAAUGAUAAAGGUGUCACUCUAGAAACUCAUCGACUUGAGGGAACAGUUUCCAGCGACAGCGAUAGGACGGUGAGCGUUUCUGGAUCUGGGAGUGUGAGUACAGAUUCGGAGAGAACUCCAGUACGAGUGGAUUCUCAAGAUUCACAAGUAUCAGACGGAGAACCGGGCGAUAGUCGUUGGCCAAGGCAAAAUAGCUUAUCUAUGCGUGAGUGGGACAUUCCAUAUGAUGAACUAAAAAUUGGAGAACCUAUUGGUACUGGAAGAUUUGGUACCGUGUAUAGAGGCAAUUGGCAUGGAGAUGUAGCGAUUAAGGUUUUAAACAUGGACUAUUAUCUAGAUGAUGAUAAAACGUUGGAAGCAUUCAAAUUGGAGGUUGCAACAUUCCGUAAAACGAGGCAUGAAAAUUUAGUUUUAUUUAUGGGUGCUUGUAUGAAGCCUCCUCGCUUGGCAAUAGUUACUAGUAUGAGCAAGGGCAUGACUCUUUAUACUCAUAUUCAUUUACGUAAAGAUAAAUUUAAUAUGAAUAAAACUACGAUUAUUGCUCAGCAAAUAUCUCAGGGAAUGGGGUAUCUUCAUGCCCGUGGAAUUGUCCAUAAGGAUCUCAAAAGUAAGAAUAUAUUCUUAGAAAACGGAAAGGUUGUGAUAACUGAUUUUGGAUUGUUUAGUGUUACCAAGCUGUGUUACGGGAACAGAACGGGUAAUGGACUAAGUAUACCACCGGGAUGGCUGUGCUAUUUGGCUCCUGAAAUUGUAAGACGAUUAAGACCUCGACAUAAUAGAGAUCAAGAAGAGUUACCAUUUACAGAUUCAUCCGAUGUAUAUGCUUUUGGAACUGUUUGGUACGAACUUUUGUGCGGCGAGUGGCCAUUUAAAGGACAACCUCCCGAAGCCAUAAUUUGGCAGGUUGGCAAAGGAAUGAAGCAAACUUUAGCCAAUUUACAGGCCUCCCGUGACGUUAAGGAUAUUUUAAUGCUUUGUUGGUCGUAUCACCCGGAAAAUCGACCAGAUUUUGCAAAACUUUUAACAACGCUUGAAAAGCUACCUCGUAAAAGGCUGGCACGAAGCCCUUCGCAUCCCAUUCAUCUUUCACGUUCUGCGGAAUCAGUGUUUUAAAUACACUUAAAUUUAUUUAAAUACGACGCUGUUCUUGUAGUGUAUAUAUGUAGCAGUGUGAGUUAUCGCCUGAUUUUUGUUCUUAAAAAUAAAAUAAAAAUAAUCGAUAAUCGCUAAUUAUUUGUUCUACU